CCGGACGCAGGGAUCGCCCUCACCGACGGCUCCCCUUUCCAUACGAGGAAAGGCAUCGGCCCCCUACGGGGGCCUUCCUCGGGCAAUCUUUAUCACUCCUGCAUGGCCGCAACCCGCAGAUCGGAGCGUCGCGGUCUCUGAGACUUGGUGCCCUUCGUCCGCCUGCCUGAAACGGAUUCCUGCUACAGAGCGUGCCCCACAGGGCUCCCAGCUCAGCCAUGCUGGCCUGUCUGCAGAGGACUCAGAACCCACCGGGCCAACACCUGGCCUGUCCAAGCAAGAGCCUGGAUCUGCGCAAGUGCGAGUCAGUGGCCAGCUCUAUGCAUUCCUCCCGCUACCCUAGCCCAGCGGAGCUGGAUGCCUACGCGGAGAAGGUGGCCAACAGCCCCCUGUCCAUCAAGAUCUUCCCCACCAACAUCCGAGUGCCGCAGCACAAGCACCUGAGCCGCACGGUCAACGGCUACGACACCAGCGGCCAGCGUUACAGCCCCUACCCUCAGCACACCGCUGGCUACCAGGGCCUGCUGGCCAUCGUCAAGGCCGCCGUCUCCUCGAGUGCGCAUGCGCCCGCUGGCCACCCCAAAAGCGUGCUCAAGAGCGUGGAAGGCAAGCGGACUAAACUGUCGCCGGCCACCGUGCAGGUGGGCAUUGCGCCCUACCCAGUGCCCAGCACCCUGGGGCCCUUGGCCUACCCAAAGCCACCCGAGGCACCUGCACCACCGCCCAGCCUGCCUGCAGCAGCCACUGCCACUUCGGUGAUCCCUCUGCCCGGCCGGGGCCUGCCCCUCCCCCCCUCCAACCUACCCUCUAUCCAUAGCAUCCUGUACCAGCUCAACCAGCAGUGCCAGGCCCCGGGCGCUGCACCAAGCGCCUGUCAGGGCGUGGCUGUGCCCCACCCCAGUCCAGCUAAGCACGGCCCGGUCCCCAGCUUUCCUAACCUGGCUUACUCGGCCACCGCCGGUCUGCCAGACUGCCGGAAGAGCACAGAACUGAGCCAGGGGGCCACCCCAGCUCUGACACUGGCUGGGGCCACCAAACCUGCAGGAUAUGCAGAAGGUGGCCUGGAUUACCUGCUGUGGCCACAGAAGCCACCCCCACCCCCACCCCAGCCGCUGCGGGCCUACAGUAGCAGCACCGUGGCCGGCAAGUCCCAGUCCCCAGAGAUUUGUGGCGGGAGGGCCUUCGAGCGGGCCAACGGGUCGCCCCACAACUGUGGCAUGGGGCUGCCCGGCAGCUUCACCGUAGGCCAGUACUUCGCUGCCCCUUGGAACAGUGUUCUGGUGACACCUACCAGUGACUGCUACAACCCAGCAGCUGCUGCCGUAGUGACAGAGCUGGGACCAGGAGCCGCCCGGGAGCUAGCCGGGCCUCCUGGAGACGCACUCUCUGGCCUGACCAGCAAGAGUGUGUGUAACACCGCGGUGCUGAGCAGCAGCCUCCAAUCGCUGGAGUAUCUCAUCAACGACAUCCGGCCACCCUGCAUCAAGGAACAGAUGCUGGGUAAGGGUUACGAGACGGUGGCCGUGCCCCGGCUGCUGGACCACCAGCACGCCCACAUCCGCUUACCUGUCUACAGAUAAGGUCUGCCCUGCGGACACACGGACAGACGGACAGGGUGCUGGGGGUUGGCAGGCCAUAGCACAGGGCGGGAACCUAGCAGGGCGCCCCGCCCGCCCUGUGUCCACGGGGAAGCCGGACUGGCUACCUCCUCGCUGCAGUGGGCAGGCGGGUUGACCUCACACACCAGGGCUUCUUUCUCCUCCCGCUUGCUGCUCCAGGAAGUAGGGAGGGACCCGGGCUGGCCGGGAGGCUCCUUCAUCCUUCAUCCAGGCAGGGAAAGAGGACCUUCUGCCAACAAGAAGUUCCUCCUGGGUCUCCAGCAGAGGGCGCGCCAGUCAUCCCGUGUCAUACACCGGGUCUCUACCCACAAUCUCCCAGUCCCUGGGUCCAAAGUGCCCCGCCCCCCCACCAACUAAUCCAGGUGAAGACCGCCCUGACUCCAGACCCCCACAGGCCUCAGGACUACCAGCCCCCUCCCUUCCUGUUGACUCUCCCUACCCACCCACCCUACCAGGAAUCACGCCCAACCUAACCUGUCCGCCCCAGACCAAUCUCUUCUCCAUCCUUACAGUACAUCUCACAGGGCUGCUGGGAACAGUUGGUGCAUUGCACAAGGGCACCUUGCCCAAGGAGACUCCACACACAUCCUAGAUUUGUGUAUUUAUUACAGUUGUCUGCAUUUCAAGGAAGGGACACCAUCUUCCUAUUCGCACAAAGAUGUCACAGGAGGGGGGGCGCUAAUGAGGGACCUGUAAAUUCAGGCUCCACUCACAAGGACGAUCUUGCCUUCGAGUGUCGGGAUCUCCUGGGGGGACCAGUGGGAGGGUGACCUGGCUGUAACUGGCAUACCCAAUCCAGCUCCCGUUUGUUCUGCAUCCCCCUGUCCCCCUGCACUGCUGCGGGGGGUGGGGUGGGGAAGAGAUAAGCCCAGGAAGUCCCCAAGGCCUGCAGUCCCCUGGCCCCGCCGGCCCCAGGCGCUCUGGAAGCGGUACUGUAUCUCUCCAAGGCCUGUCUCAGCACUAAGUGCAUUUACAAAUCUCUGAGAAUGUUUUUUUUUAUACUAAAAUUGACCAUUAUAUUCUACUGUGAGAAGUGCGGUCUGUCUGCACUAUAUUGUUUUAAAAAUGAAGAGAAAGAAAAAAAAACGGAAAACA